AUGUCAUCAUCACCUCCCAGAGUUUUGGAAGGAGACGAUGAGCUUCUCCCUUCAUUUUCCCUGGUCUACCAGGCGUCUUCUGCGCUUGGGCGGAUGAUACAAGGUAUCCGCACGGGUGUGCCUUACAAACACAACGACGACGAUGGGGUCACAGCCAAUCCAAUCCUGAGGGCUGCUCUUUGGCAAGCAGCCUACGUAAUCGAGAAGGCUUACCGACGACGAUAUCGUGUUCCUUGGACGGCGAAGGACUACAGCACGCGACUCACUCCUCGCCAGGAUGGCCGGAAUAUCAUCCGCGAGGAGGCGCUGAUGAAGGAAUUCCCCCCCGGAGUUGACCUCCAAGGCAUUGACCCAACGCCAGAGGUUCUUCCUACAACGAUCAUCGAUGCAGAUGAUCGUAUUCUGUUUUGUUACCUUCCAAGCUGCGUCUCACCGGAGAUGAUGAAGAUCCUCGAUGCCAGCGUUGGGACGUUGGGUACGACCGAGGAUGGUCUCUUGGAUAAGAAGAGGAAGGCGAGAAACGCGGACCAGGCCCGCUUGGAGAGGGAGAGAGCAAAAGGGAAGGGCAAACAGCACGCUGGCGAUCAGGAAAGGCCCACCGCGAAUUGGAGGGAGUCACCGGACCUGUUCAGGAAGGGCAACUGUACCAUGAUUCCGGGCGUUCUGACCUUUUCGCCAGCAUGGUGGGCUAACCAGCUUCCUGGACCUGCAGCGACUGUAAAACCAGUGAACGGAGAAGGACGAGCGUUUCUACGCAAUAUCACCCUUGCAUCGGCGCUCGUGGGGGCAAUACUGUCGCAAAUCAAUCUGGACCUUUUCGAGAAAGGAAUGGCGGUUAUGGCGGAGCUGUAUGGAAACAUGGAACUGACGAAAGACCAUGCCAUCGUUGCCCAGGUCAUCGAGAUAUGGUUUUCCCCUUUCAGCUCUGCCUCUCUCAUCGUCAACCGGGAAACGCCCAUCCACCGCGAUACAAGUGGUCCGAUGGAGGGGAUGGAAAUGGUGGUCACAGGGGGAAACUACUCGAAUGGAAGGUUCUUGACCCCCUCGUUCAAUCGUAGCUGGGUUUACAACCCGGGCUGUGUCGUCGCUUUGAUGGGCAAGCUUGUACCUCACGGCGUUCCACACGUCGACGGUGAACGUUAUUGCAUCGCGUACUUCUGGCGGCAACGGCUAUUCGAGGCCGCGGGUGUAGACUUCCCACAUCCACCCAAGACUGCUGCACAUUUCCAUGGGGUUCCAACACCACUUUCCUGGUAUAGAGAUCCUGUAACGGCUUAG